CCUAAUACGAAAACGCGUUGUUGAUGGUAAUAAUUUAUGUACUUUCUGAUACAUUUCGUUUAACAGAAAAUUAGUCAAAUAUGGUGUACACUUAUUUUGUGUGCAAAUGGCGAGGAGAUCGAGAACCUCGAAGAUCUUUUCACAAAUUUCCUUUGGGCAAAGUUCAAAAGCAACAAUGGUUAGAUAAUAUUGGAAAAAGUGACAUGGUUGUAGGAAGUCGAGCAACAAUAUGUUCGCUGCAUUUUGAAAACCACUGUUUUCGUUAUGGGUUAGUACGCGGUAAACGAUUAUUGAAGGAAUAUAGUCUACCAACUUUAUAUUUAACAAAAAAUUAAGAUUUCCGGAUCAAAGAAGAAAUCGAGGACGAUUCUGUUAUUUUAGUUGAACCCGAUACUUGCGCUACAUCGGCCAAAACUAUUGCAUCGUCGUUGUCAGAUGAAAAAGAAGAUUUCUGGAUCAAAGAAGAAAUUGAGGAUGAUUUUAUAAUUUCACGAUCAGUUGAAACUGAUGCUUGCGCCACUUCAGCCAAAAUCAUUGCACCGACAUUAUCAGAUGAAACUUUUACCAGCAGAGUGGCUAUCGAAAGAUGUGGCCAAACGAUGGAAGGUGGAAUACCAAACCGGAAUAAAUGUUUGAGCAGUAUAACUGGGGGAAGAUCUAUUCGAAGUCGUUCAAGCAAUACUACUGAUGCAAACAUCUUACAGGAUCUAUUAAAUCGAAGGAAUUCAGAAAUAUUAUUAUUGCACCGACAAGUAAAGCGAAUGCAUAGAAAAACAUUAAGUUUGAAAGCUGAUAAUACCAAUUUGAGACGGAAAAUGAAGCGUCUUGAAAAUGAAGUCAAGUCACUGAGAGAAAGUGUGGCUACUGCUAAACAAGUAUCAAAAAAUAAAAAUUCCAUGAGCAAUAGAUGAAAAUUUGACAUGAUUCAUCAUUUUAUAGCUAUUGCUGUAAAAUUAUUUUUUCAAUAUGGUAUGGAAUAAAUUGUACCU